ACUCCCACACACAAAUCCUUCUUUUUCACCACUCUCUCUUUUAAACUCUCUCUCUCUCUCUCUCUACUUCAAAUACAUUUGCCGAUCGAAAUUCAAAAUCAAUAUCCAGUUUUUCGUGAACUGCAUAGAUCUUUACCUCCGCGCACAUUUCUUAUUUGUUUACUGCUGCAGCUGCUGCUGUUUGUGAUAGGAAAGAUUGAGCGCUACGCUGAGUCUUCUUGAUAUGGACAACUUUUGACUAUGAGAAUUGCAGAUGGACAUCACUUGAUUUAUAUGGUGCUUGUAUAAGUUUAAGUUUUGGGUACAAGGAAUUAAAAUGGACGUUGAAAAGCGAGGAGUAAGGGGAGGCUUUUUUCAGUUGUUCGAUUGGAAUGGCAAAUCCCGGAAGAAGCUCUUCUCUAGCAAAUCUGAAUUACCUGAAAGAUCGAACCAAGGGAAAGAAAAUUAUCAUGGUUCUGUCAUUUCACGACGUCAGCAGGAGCUUGAGAAAACGUUUCCUCAAAACGCCAGAGGUCAGAGUGAUUAUCAUUAUGCUUCGUCAGCAAGUGGUGAUUCAGAAUAUGGUACAAAAGCACCUGGGGUUGUGGCACGUCUUAUGGGACUGGAUUCAUUGCCUACAUCAAAUGUAAAUGAACCUUAUUUUGCCCCAUUUGUUGAGUCUCUCUCAUUCAGAGAUUCUGGUUACUCAAUGGCUCGUCCAGCACUCCAAAGUGAGCAUGAUAUUGUAAUCUUUGAGAGCGUUCGAAAUAAGUUGGAUGGAUCAAUGAGGAAUCCUUUGGACCUGAGGCCGCAGAAAGUGCAGAACCGACCAAUAGAGAGAUUUCAAAGAGAGGUAUUGCCUCCCAAAUCUGCUAAGCCCAUUUCAAUUACUCACCACAGGCUCUUAUCUCCUAUCAAAAGUCCUGGAUUUGUUCCACCUAAAAAUGCGGCUUACAUAAUUGAGGCAGCAGCAAAAAUAAUUGAGCAGAGUCCACGGUCAACCAUGAAAGGCAACUCCCCAUCACUUGGGUCUUCUCCUGUUCCAUUUAGAGUUCGUGAUAUGAAAGAAAAGAUGGAGGCUGCUAAAAGAUCAUCUCGAUCGGUUGAUGCAUCACAAAGGGGCAAAGAGCAAAGUUCCGUUAAGAAUAUAAAGAAGCAACUUAAUUCCAGGGGUCUGGGUAGAUCAGAAGACAACUAUGAUGAAACAAAAAGAGUAGGUUCUCAGAGAUUAAGGAGUAAGGACAAAUCAGUUUCUCUUGCAGCUCAGGCAAAAGCCAGCACUCAAAAAAGAGAUGGGUUGACUUCAGUUGGUAAUGGAAGUUCUGAGAAGCAUAAAGAACACAAUGAUAUCAAACUUAACGGUCCCGGCAGGAAUCUGCCAAGCAUACAAAAGAAAGUGGAAAAGCAAAGUUCAUCAAAGAAACCUUCUGAGGUGCUCAGGCUGAAUAAUCAGAAGCAGAAUUCUGCAUCUGCCAAAGACGGAGAAAUUUCUGAACCUUCUUGCUCCCACCCAAAGGAGAAAAAAGAGUCUAAUUUGUCCACCAAUUACAUACAAGGGCGGAUGAGUAGGACUGUGAAUAACAUUGUUGUCAAUAAUGUGGUAACUUCCAGGAAGACAAACUUUGUGGCAGCUGAUCCUGGAAAAGAGCAUGCAUCAUCGAAAGCAAAGACAACUUCAAAGAAAAAACUGCCGAUCAAUGGUAAUAGUCAGUCUGGUGGAAGUGUUAACCCAAAGGCAGUGAUGAUGGCAAAUGAAAAACCUGUAAAAUGUAAUGUUGCGUUUGAAGGGGAUUCUAAAUGGGAUGGAAUUGACAACAAAAAUAGUUUGGAUGUCGUGUCAUUCACAUUUACCUCUCCAAUAAAAAAGUCUGGAGCAGGACACAGUUCAUGUUGUACAAUCUUGGAAGCAACUAACUCAUCUUUGCCCGAUUGUAAUCCUUGUGUGCGUGAAUCCAACUCAAGAUAUACUGCUGCAUCGUCUUCUGUGUUUAAUGUCAUUGGUGGAGAUGCUUUAAGUGUGCUUUUGGAACAGAAACUAAACGAAUUGACUUCUAGGGUUGAGUUGUCCCAGAAGGACCUCUCAGAAUCAAAUUCCAUUUCUGGUUCCACCAACAGCAAUAUAAACAUAGGUCCCACUGUGAACUUAGUGAAUUCCAUUCCUAUGGAGAAUGACACAUGCAAAAGCAAACAGGAAAUCCAUGCCUCUGAUUGCCCUUCUACUGGCAAGCUUUGGCACAAAGCUGAAAGAGAAUAUAAGGGACUAGAAUGCAUUGAUAGUACUGGGUAUCAGAGAUAUGUUCAUUUACAAGGGUGUAAUUCAAUCUCAAAUAAACCUUCUUUAUCAGCUACUAGUUCUGACUCAUUUGAUGUUGAUGGAAGUUCAAGUAAUGAAGGUCGGUUGCCAUGUUUAUCAAUUGAAUCUUCCGAGUGGACAAAUUGGAGCUCCUCUAGGAAAUUCCGCCCAGCGGAAGGCGAUGUGGAGAUAUCAGAUACUGCCUCCUCACUAUCUAUUGGGACUAUGUCUGAGACUGUUGCAUCCAGCUUAUAUAUGACUGAUUCAAAAGAGAAUUCUCACUGGGAAUUCCAAUACAUUGUAGAUAUACUUCGCAGCACAGGAUUGUUGUUGGAGGAGUUUGCUCUCGGACAAGCUCACAAGAUAGUAGCUCCAGACCUCUUUGAUCAGUUGGAGAGUCAAAAAAUGGACUUGUACAAAGUAAUGGAAGAACACGUCCUGCUCGAGCGCAAGGUAUUGUUUGACUGCGUGUGUGAAUGCCUGGAAGUGAGGUGCGGACGGCUUCUUGCUGGAAGCUGCAAAUUCUGGGCUAAGCAGACAACUUUGCACAGAAGGCAAUGGUUGGCUGAAGAUCUGUACAGAGAAAUUUCAAGUUGGAAAAACGCGGAGGAACUGAUGGUGGACGAGCUGGUUGACAAGGAUAUGAGCUCUAAGAGUGGGAAAUGGAUUGAUUUUGAAGUCGAGGCGUUUGAAGAAGGUGUAGAGAUAGAGGAAAGAAUACUGACUUCUCUAGUAGAUGAACUGAUUGAUGAUUUCUUGUUGUAUUGAUGUGGGUUUUUUCAGGAGGGUUGAUGGCUACUCUUUUAACUUUAUAUGAUUCUUUCUAACUUGUGGUUUCUUUGCAUCAACAACCAUGAAAAAUCAUUGUAAGCCGGAAAGAAGUCAAGAAACAUGAAAAGAUUGUUCAAAGAACCCAACUAUAACUAUUCCUAUUCC